AUGGAUCAGUUGAGGCAGGUUGGGGAGGUUGUGGGCAGUGUGAAGGCUUUGAUGAUACUCAAGCAUGAAAUCUCCAUCAACCAGAGGCAAUGCUGUCUGCUGGCAGACAUGAUGCAGCUGGCCUUCGACACGAUCUCGGAGGAGAUGAGGCGCAGCCUGAGGCUCGACGAGAAAGCCACCAAGUGGAAGCCUCUGGAGCGCCCGUUGAAGGAGCUCCACUGCGUCUUCAAGGAGGCCGAGUGCCACAUCCGAUACUGCCUCGAUAUCAAGAACUGGUGGGGGAAGGCCAUCAGCCUCCACGCGAACCGGGACUGCACGGAGAUGCACGUUCACAACGUGCUGUCCUGCUUCACCGCUGUGAUUGAGGCGAUUGAGACGGCCGCGGAGAUCUCUGGGAGCGACGAGCGGGAGCAGCAGAGGAAGAGGGUGGCCCUCCUGCAUAAAUAUGACCAUGAAUGUGAUGAUCCCAAAAUUUUCUUGUGGAAGUUUGGAAAACAGUUUUUAGUACCUGCGGAGAUCAGGAGCCGGAUAGAGACCGCGUGGCGGGAGGAUAGAUGGCUGCUGUCCGAGAAAGUUCGGGAGAGGAAGGACGAGAAGAGUGAGCAGAAGCUGGCUGAGCUGCUGCUGAGGAAACUGAACGACGUGGAGAGUUUGAAGAAGGUGAUGCCGAGUAGCAUCCUAGUAGGGGCUGCGGAUUACCAAGUGAAACAACGUCUGGGGUCGGGUUACCCCAGCGGGCCGAGCCAUCUCAAGGAGAUCCAUUGGCUGGGGGAGAGCUUCGGGUUGAGGACGUUCGUUGGAGAUGUUGCGCCUCUACUCCCCGAGGUUUCUUCUCUGCUUUCGCUGUCGCAUCCCAACAUAUUGCAGCACCUUUGCGCGUUUUACGACGAGGGGAGGAAGGAAGGGUACCUUGUCAUGGAUCUGAUGAGCAAGGAUCUUGCUUCCUUUGUGAAGGAGCACUCGGGGCAGAAGAAUCGCGUCCCGUUCACUGUCCCGGGGGCUGUGGAUGUCAUGCUGCAGAUCGCGAGAGGGAUGGAGUAUUUGCACUCCAAGAAGAUGUGCCAUGGAGAUCUCAAUCCUUCCAACAUCCUUCUAAAGGAGAGGAACAGCGCCACGGGCGGGUUUCAAGUUAAAGUGUCCGGGUUUGGGAUGAGCGCGAUAAGGAGCUGUGCUUCGAGAAGCCCUAGGCCGGAUGCUGCUGAUGCUGAUAUCUGGUUGGCUCCCGAGGUGCUGGCUGAGCUCGGUGGGAAAUGCAGCGAGAAGGCUGAUGUGUAUAGCUUCGGGAUGCUCUGCUUCGAGCUGAUAACGGGGAAAGUCCCGUUCGAGGACGGCCAUCUGCAAGGGGAGCAGAUGGCGAGGAAUGUGAUGGCGGGAGAGAGGCCUCUUUUCUCCCGCCCUACACCGAAAUACCUGACUAACCUCACCAAGAAAUGCUGGCAGACGAAUCCGGAUCUGCGCCCGUCAUUCUCGUCUAUAUGCCGGAUCCUGCGCUACAUCAAGAAGAACCUCAUCAUCAGCCCUGAGCACGCCCACCCGCAUUCGCCUCCGCCUCUCGUGGAGUACUGCGACAUGGAGGCCGCGUAUCUGAAGAAGUUCGAAGAAGAAGGGAGCGGGAACCUCGCGCCUGUCACGCAGAUCCCGUUCCAGAUGCUGGCCUACAAGAUUAUUGAGAAGGAGAAAACCAAUAGCAAGAAAUGGGAUAUGGUUCCUGCAUCAAUCUUUGAUGAGGAGCAGUUGACUGCCAUGGAUGAUCUCUUCCUUGUGCCGACUGAUCCGAGGAUGGUUUGCUCAGAUAUCGUUGACAGCAAGAACUCGGCCGUUGAUGUGGAUCUCAGGACGGUUAUAUCCGAGACGAUGCACUCAUUUGUUCCAGAGGCCCCAAGGAAGAGAUACACCAAAACUACAACAGCUGAAACUGAUCAAAAUCUCCCAUCUGAAUCACAAGACAGUAACAACAGAUUACCCGAGAUCCCGGAGAAGAAAUCAUAUCCGCUUCACAAGACGAUGGAAUCAACAGCUACGACCAACGACAGCUAUGAAGAUAAGAAACUAAAAACCAUCAAGACCAAAUUCAUCCCAGAGUCUCCAAGAUCACCAAGAUGCGACGCGCCAUUGAGUUCAUCAGCCAGGGUAAAGAAGGCGUCGACUUCAGCAGCCUCAUCGCCAUCACGGGCAUUUAGCAAGACAGCGGUGCAGAGUCCAAAGAGGGACGUGAAAAGAACACUACAAUCCGGGAUGAAGAGCAGCACCUCGCCAGCAUCCUCGCCUGCCAGAGAAUUUAAAGCAAAGAACGAGAGUUCAAUGUGCUCGCCAGCGAGAGUGAAGAAGCCCUACUCCCCGGCUUCCUCGCCAUCAAGAGGCUACAAUGUAUGCCCUUCGCCAAUCCAUCCAUCUGCUUACAACACGAUGUCAUCGCCCAUGAAUCCCAAUGCACGCCCUUCAAGACUUGCUGCUAGGCCGACUGCACUGCCUUCGGAUGCCAGUCCCCGAACCUGAAACAUAGAUCACAUGCUCAGCUAGUGUGCUAGACUGUUUUUCCUUCCACACAACAUAAAAAUGAAGUGAAAAUUUUGAUACUUUUUUGUUCUUGCCUUGCUGUAUAACCAAGCAAAGCAGUUGGUGUAAGUGAGUUAUCAAUCAGUUUAUAAUUAGAACAUAAUAUUAAUAUGUUUCUUCUUAAAUA